AGGACAAGAGCCGGCCCAGUGUGUCUGGGGAGCAGGGAGGCAGUGAGGAGGCCUGGCUGGAGGAAGAGGAAAGUUUAUAUAGGAAGUAAGAGGAGGGAGGUCAAGGACAGGACAGCAGUGGAGGGAAGGCUUUGAAGGCCAAGCGAACAAUCUGGCCUUCAACAGCGGGAGGAGGGAGUCCUUGAGGGGUCCUGGGACAUGCCAAGGGGGGCCAGGACUCCAUUCUCAGGCUCCCAUGGAGAUGAGCAGGCCCCCAGAGGCUGGCAAGGGGCAGGGAGAGGGUCAGAGGGGGUAGGCAGUCACUCCAGCCCCGCUUCCUUCCCGAGUUACCCUGGGACACCAGCUGCCGCCUGUCUCGUUCCUCAUGGGGACCCUCCCUUCCGGGACCCUGCCCACACUCUGCCCCCCCCUAACCUUCAGCGCUGGGCUGACCACAUCUCUUCCAGUCGCCAGGCCCUGGACGAGGGCCCGGGCAGCCACCAGAGCACGGGUUAUCUGGGGGAAGGGAGAGAAAGUGAGAAAAGCCACAGCCAGUGUGUGAACCAGGAAGGAGCCGCUCUCCUCUACCAGGCCGCGGAAGGUGUCCUCGGUCUCCCGGCCCAGCCUCUGCUCUGUCUCACUGGAACAGCAGGUGUACUCCUGGGGACAGACCCGGAGGACCGGGACACAGAGGCAGCAGCAGAAGCAGGAGAGGUCGCAGCGCGGACAUAGCCGCAGCCGCCCUGGGACAGCAAAGUGGGUCCUAAAGAACAAAGAAGAGUCGUCCGGAUUCGGGAAUCCGGCUCUCGGCCGCUGGACCGCCGCGCGGGCCAGAGAAAGAGCGCGACCCCCCAAAACUGAACACGGAGCACGAUAGCUGGACCAGGCGGCAUCUGCCGAGACAAUGGGAGCCCGGAGCCGGACAGGGGGCGGGGCCCGAGGCGGGGUCCCGCCAAUGAUGCUGGAUCCCCAUGCCGACCCUGCGCUCCUCCUCCCCGAGCAGUGCGUCCUCCCCUCUGCACAAAGGGGGCGGCGGGGGGCCGAGGGCCUUGUCCGCCUCGUCGAGCUCGUCCGGCCAUCUGCCUUACGAUGACCCAGACUCGGACCCGACUUCAGAGGGGGAUAAUGACUCUUUGUCUGCUGAUGAAGGCAGUGACUUUGAAGACAGCUUGAGACGCAGUGUGAAGAAGAGAGCAGCAAAACGACCGCUCAGGAUAACUCCAGUGGCUAAACAUCCAAAGAAGGGAUCCUUAACGGUUCGUGAUCAGGGCCAGAAAAAGUCAGAGCCACUAGCCAAUGAUCUCUUUAAUGCUGUGAAAGCUGCCAAAUGUGACAUGCAGUCUUUGGUGGAUGACUGGCUGGAUAGCUACAAGCAAGACCAAGAUGCAGGAUUCCUGGAACUCAUUAACUUUUUCAUCCGCUCUUGUGGAUGUAAAGGCACUGUGACUUCCGAGAUGUUCAAGAUGUCCAACUCUGAGGUCAUCCGGCACCUAACAGAACAGUUUAAUGAGGAUUCAGGGGACUAUCCUUUGACAGCUCCAGGUCCAUCCUGGAAGAAGUUCCAGGAUAGCUUCUGUGAGUUUGUGAGGACAUUGGUCUAUCAGUGCCAGUACAGCUUCCUCUAUGAUGGCUUCCUGAUGGACAACCUCAUUUCCCUGCUCACUGGCCUCUCAGACUCCCAAGUCCGUGCCUUCCGUCACACUAGCACCCUGGCUGCCAUGAAGCUAAUGACCUCCCUGGUAAAAGUUGCCCUCCAACUGAGUCUGCACAAAGACAACAACCAGCGUCAGUAUGAGGCUGAACGAAGCAAGGGGCCAGGGCAGAGAGCACCAGAGCACCUGGAGAGCCUGUUGGAGAAACGCAGAGAGCUCCAAGAGCAUCAAGAGGAGAUUGAAGGAAUGAUGAAUGCCCUCUUCAGGGGUGUCUUUGUACAUCGGUACAGAGAUGUCCUUCCUGAGAUCCGUGCCAUCUGCAUUGAGGAGAUUGGCUCUUGGAUGCUAAGUUACAGUACCUCUUUCCUCACUGAUAGCUAUUUAAAAUACAUUGGCUGGACCCUGCAUGAUAAGCAUCGAGAAGUCCGUCUGAAGUGCCUGAAGGCUCUGAAAGGGCUGUAUAGCAACCGGGACUUGGUUGCGCGCCUGGAACUCUUCACGAGCCGCUUCAAGGAGCGGAUGGUUUCCAUGGUCAUGGACAGAGAAUACGAUGUGGCAGUGGAGGCCGUCAGGUUACUCAUCAUUCUCCUUAAGAACAUGGAAGGCGUGCUGACUGACAGUGACUGUGAGAGCGUCUACCCUGUGGUGUAUGCCUCCAAUCGAGCUCUGGCCUCCGCUGCAGGAGAGUUUCUGUACUGGAAACUCUUCUACCCUGAGUGUGAGACAAGAGUGGUGGGUGGAAGAGAGCGACGCCGGAGUCCACGCUCCCAGAGGACUUUCUUUCACCUUCUGCUGUCCUUCUUUGUGGAGAGUGAGCUCCAUGACCAUGCUGCUUACUUGGUAGACAGCCUGUGGGACUGUGCAGGGUCUCAGCUGAAGGACUGGGAGAGCCUGACAAGCCUGCUGCUGGAGAAGGAGCAGAACCUGGGCGACGUGCAGGAGAGAACGCUGAUAGAAAUCCUUGUGUCCAGUGUCCGGCAAGCAUCGGAGGGUCACCCACCUGUGGGGCGGGUCACUGGGAGGAAGGGCUUAACCCCUAAAGAACGAAAGAUCCAGGCCGAUGACAAGGUGAAGCUGACUGAGCACCUCAUCCCCCUGCUCCCCCAGCUCCUGGCCAAGUUCUCAGCUGAUGCAGAGAAGGUUGCUCCCCUGCUCCAGCUCCUCAACUGCUUUGACCUCAACAUCUAUUGUACCGGGCGCUUGGAGAAGCACCUGGAGCUAUUCUUGCAGCAACUCCACGAGGUGGUGGUGAAGCACGCGGAGCCAGCGGUGCUCGAGGCUGGAGCUCACGCCCUCUAUCUGCUCUGUAAUCCCGAGUUCACUUUCUUUGGCCGGGUAGACUUUGCCCGCAGCCAGCUGGUGGAUCUGCUGACUGACCGCUUCCAGCAGGAACUUGAAGAGCUGCUGCAGUCCUCCUUCCUGGAUGAGGAUGAGGUGUACAGUCUGGCAGCUACCCUGAAGCGCCUCUCUGCCUUCUACAACGCUCAUGACCUGUCUCGCUGGGAACUCUAUGAGCCGUGCUACCGACUCCUCCAGAAGGCUGUGGAUACAGGAGAGGUUCCUCGCCAGGUAAUCCUCCCGGCCUUGACUCUUGUCUAUUUUUCCAUUCUCUGGACGCUAACCCACAUUUCGGGAUCAGAUGAUUCUCAGAAGGAGGUGUUGAGUUUGAGGGGCAGGAUGGUGGCCUUCAGCGAACUCUGCCAGAGCUGCCUCUCAGAUGUGGAUCCUGAGAUCCAGGAGCAGGCUUUUGUCUUGUUAAGUGAUCUACUUCUCAUCUUCAGCCCUCAGAUGAUUGUAGGGGGACGCGACUUUCUUAGGCCCCUUGUCUUUUUUCCUGAAGCCACUCUCCAGUCUGAGCUAGCCAGCUUCCUCAUGGAUCACGUCUUCGUCCAGCCCGGAGAACUGGGUAGUGGUAAUUCACUGGAGGAUCAUUCACACAUCGAGCAGCUGCACCAGCGGCGCCGCCUCUUGGCUGGGUUCUGCAAGCUCUUGCUGUAUGGGGUGCUGGAGAUGGAUGCAGCCUCGGAUGUUUUCAAACACUACAACAAGUUCUACACUGACUAUGGGGACAUCAUCAAGGAGACAUUAACCAGAGCAAGGCAGAUUGACCGCAGCCAUUGCUCCCGAAUCCUGCUACUGAGCCUCAAGCAGUUGUAUACAGAACUGCUGCAGGAGCAGGGGCCCCAGGGCCUGAAUGAGCUUCCAGCCUUCAUUGAGAUGAGGGACCUGGCCCGGAGGUUCGCCUUGAGCUUUGGACCCCAGCAGCUACAGAACCGUGACCUUUUGGUCACACUACACAAGGAAGGCAUCGAGUUCUCCUUGUCUGAGCUUCCUCCAGCUGGGUCCUCAGGGCAGCCCCCAAAUCUGGCAUUCCUGGAGCUCCUUUCAGAGUUUUCCCCCCGACUCUUCCAUCAGGAUAAGCAGCUACUCCUCUCCUACCUGGAAAAGUAUCUACAGCGUGCCUCCCAGGCACCUGGCCGACCUUGGGGCCCAGUCACCACCUACCGGCACUCCCUCAGCCCUCAAGAGAACGCAGCGCAGGCCAGCCCUCAGGGCCACUCCCGCUCCAAGAGGAGGCGCAUAGAAGCCCCCUCCAGGCGGAACAGAGAGGACAUCUCUCCAACCCAGGAAGAAAGCCUACAGCUGAGCAGCAGCCCACCCGUACCCACCCUCACCUCUACGGCUGUGAAGAGUAGGCAGCUCCUGGGGGCAUUAGAAGAGAUGGAAGAAGAAGGGGGCUCAGAACUGGACAUUACCCAAGGCCAGCACCUGCCAGGCCCCCAGAAGUCAAGGAACUCAGGUCCACAGCAUUUCCGUACUUGGCACAGCCCUUCAGCUCCUCAUCUGGGCAGUCGGCUGACACGACUCAGCCUUAUGGAAGAGGAGGAGGAAGAAGAGUUAGCAAUUCAGGAUGAGUCCGGUGAGGAAUGGCAAGAGGCAGACAAGCAACCAAGUAGCCACUCUUCCCCUGGUGAGCACUGGCUGGACCUCUUAGAUUCUACAGAGCUGAGCAUUGAGGAUUUCUGACAUGAAUCUGUGUCCCUCCCCAUCUCUACCCCCACCUCAAGGACCUGACCACUUGGAAAAGGCAAACAGGAAAAAGAGCAAAAUGAACCAUCACUUCCAGACCCCUCCCCUUGGUCUCCGAGGGGAAGCAAGGGUGGGGUUUGCCUUGCUAACCUAACCUUUUUCUCCGAUGCUUUUGUGUUGGAUGAAGACACCCCUCUCCUUCCUAACACACUGUAGCCCUGACCCUCUGCGCAUGAGCACGGUGCCUCUUUCCUCCUGUGUUUGCAGUGUGGGGAGAGGGGGACUCCAUCUCAGUAUUUGGUGAGCGGCACUGCCUCCCUGUGUUUAAUGGAAAGAGUCCACAGUUUUCCUAUAUUUUUGGAAUAUCAUCUCUCCCAGACUCUUU